AUGGCCCGCAUCCAGAUUCCGAUAGACGUCUUGACGUCGCGCCUGAACCUCGGCGACCGCUUCGCCAGUAUCCGAUCCGGGUCAUUGAGCAGCCGCUUCUCAAACCUGCGCCCCAUCUCCGAGUUCCUCGACGUGAAGCGCGUCAGCAAACCGGCCAACUUUGCCGAGAUGCAGUCGCGCGUCAACUACAAUCUCGGCUACUUCUCCAGCAACUAUGCCGUCGUCUUCACCAUGCUUUGCAUCUACAGCUUGCUCACAAGCAAAUGGCUCCUCUUCGACGUCAUCUUCGUCGCUAUUGGCAUGUUCGUCAUUGGCAAACUCGAGGGCCGCGACCUUGAGUUCGGCCAGCAACGCUACUCGACGAUGCAGCUGUACACGGGCCUCUAUUGCAUCGCCAUCCCUAUCGCAUUUAUCGGGGGGGUCCUCAGCACCAUGUUGUGGCUGAUUGGUGCGGGCGGCGUGGUCAUUCUUGGCCACGCAGCUCUGUUGGACAAGCCCAUUGACGAGGCUUUUUCCGGGGAGGCGGUCUAG